UCAUAUCAUGAAUAUUAUUUAUUUAAUUUCCGUACGGGAUCAAUAACGUAUUUUUUAAUUUAAAUAGUUUCAAGAUUUAACAUUCUACGUCAAACACACAGUAUUUCGUUUAUUUGCUUGAUUAUUUCGUAGUUUAUUUCCUGGAGCGGGAAAUAUGAAAUGACUGAAAGGAUUCUUGCACGUGAUUGGUCCGGCCUCAGGCUGAACACUGACUGAUCGCUUCCAGGCUGCGAGGCGAGCCGUCUCUCUCUCCCCCUCAUCCCGCCUGUCGAUAUCAAAGCGCCGACUGCCUUUGAAGUGUCCCGAGAAUCGCCGCUCCGCAUGUUUUUACGGCGGUGCGGCUGUGGAGGAGCUGCAGACGGUCUGGGGUGAGGUGAGUCUAUUAUCUGUUGCAGGCAGGAAGGAGGAGGGCGCUGGAGGACAGGCGGGGGUCCUUCCCAGACUCGCUGGAGCCUGGCUCUAACAGCCUCAUUGAGACUGAAUGGGACGUCUUAAUUACUCCAGUUGUGAAAACUGAAGGAGGGGAUGCAGCACGCUUUGAUCUUCCGGUUGGGGACGGUUGCUAUAAAUGCGGCCCCCACUUUGAGACGCAAUCAUAACUCUCUGACCUUUGCAAAGGGACCGUCCUGAGAACUUUCCUCUGACCUGGACUCUGAGCUGAGCUUCACUUUUCAUUUUUUUUUCUUUUAAUGAAACAAAAAGGUUUUUUUCUUAUUCACUGAGAAACUUGAACCUUCAGUAAGCAUGAAGGGCCAUUUCUCCAUCGAGUGGCUGGCCCAGAGCAGCAAGCCGACGGGGCCAGCAUCCGGGCCGGCAGUUUGGGGGACACAUUCGGAGAGUCUGCCGGGUUUUUACUGCAAACCAAAACCUGAGAAGAUUCCAGAACCGGAGCAGCAGCAGCAGCAGCACAUCGACACCAUCAGUCAGGAAGCUCCUCAGCUCCGAACGUCUCCCAGGAAUCAGGGAAGUGAGGCCGGUUUCAGCACCGAGGAGGAGACCUCCGGCUACGAGAGCGAAGGCGGUCAGCCUCAAUCCCCCUCCGCCCACGCCGACAGCGCCUCCUGCACGUCUCCACCGUCGCCCCCGGUGGGCAGGAGGCCCCGCACGGCCUUCACAGCGGAGCAGAUCAGCAGCCUGGAGGGGGCGUUCAAGAGGAACGCGUACCUGGGAACGCAGGACAAGGCGGAGCUCUGCAAGAAGCUCAACCUCUCUGACAAGCAGAUCAGGAACUGGUUCCAGAACAGGCGGAUGAAGCUGAAGAGGACGGUGCAGGACGCCCUGGCCCACGCCUGCCAGGCCAACGUUGGGUCUCACUUCCUGCAUUACCCCGAGCUGCAGGCCUACAGGCCCGGCCCGUACCCCAGGUACCACCCGGCCGCUGCCACCGCCGCCGUGGUGGUGCCGGACCCCGACGCCCCCGCGACCUACGUUCACCCUCACAGCCUUCAGUACAGCUCGCCUCUGUCCAGCACCUCCGCUCUGCCCCUGGACUCCUUCUACGAGUACAGCAGCCUCCCAGGAGUCAUGCUGCCCGCCGCCGCCUCUCACCUCAGAGGAACCUACCCACCGUACCCCCAGUACUACUGAUCGGUGACGUUGGUACCAAAUUUAGAACCAGCAGAUUUUGUUAUUUUUUAACAAAACUACUGAAGCCAUCCUGUUAAUCAUACAAAUGCGCCAAUCCACUUUUUUCACUUCUGAUACCGAUAUCUGAAGUUAAGUAUGGGCCAAUACCGAUCCAGUGCAGCUGAAUCGACUUUAAACUUUUUUUUUUUUUUACUCAGACAUAAUUGUACUGAAUUGCAAACUUAUUUGAUAACUCUGCACCGGUACAGCACACAUAAACACACCAACAGCUUCACAAGUUUGGUCAAACACGUAAAAACAACUUCAAUCUGUUCAGUCAGUGCAGUUGUGAGUAUAACAGCCAAUUUAACAUAAAUAAUAAAGAAACUGAAUCUAACAAAAACAAAAGGCAGACUGUCUUAGUAAAACAUGUAAAAAAUAAACUGAAAUAAACCUUCUUUCAAAUGGUUUCUAUUUUGCGACCAAUACAGAUAAUUAAUAUUAGGUCAGUGCAUCUCUAGUUAAUCAUAGAACCAAAAGACUUUUAAUAACCUAAAACUCCAACCUGAACUGGGUGGUGUGCAAUAAUGUGAACAGUGUGUAUCUGCCUCUGUACAGUUUUGAUCUAUUUAAAACUGGACCGACGAAGCUGUUUGUUUAGAGUGGAGUGUUAUUGUGACUGUGAAAAUGAAUUUAAAUAAAUGAAAAAUCAUCGCGAGUUCUGUGUGAGCAGCUCCUGCCAGAGUCAACGGGUUCCUCAGCAGAGUGAAAGUAGGCUCUAUUGUGCAGGUGUGCUUCUUUAUUAUGCUGUGAUUUAUGUUAAAGCUACGGUAUGUAACUUUUAUUUGAAAAAGACAUGUGUUCUUUGUCGUAACAUUGAAGUAUGCGAUGUGUGAAAAAAAAAUCAAGUUCCUUUCAUACGAGUUUCAUGGCCAAAAAUGUCUCUGAAAACUGAGCCGUAAAAGACGACACAACCAGGACAAAUCCUUUUUUUUUUUUUUUUACAUAUCACAUUU